ACAAGACCCAGCGGCAAACUCGACGGCGACACCACUUUCUUCACCGAAUUUGGCUCUUAUGGUCACCGUACAAAACACUGAGUCUCAUGAAAAGGAAUUAAAGGAUGACUCAAGUGUCGAACCACAUGUUGGGGAUGUUAUGGACAGUAGGCCUGAACUCAUGAAUGAAGAUGAAGAGAGGUCCAACGUCGUUGAAAGUAAUAAAGCGCUUGCUCUUCUAGAAGGUGCCAACAAGGUGGCAGAUGCAGAUAAUACGCAUGUGGACAACCCCAUUUCAUUUGACACCAUUAAGUUGUCUGACAAUGUUGAUGCGGUCAAGACAAGGCACCUAGUUUCACCGAGAGAACCUACACUAGAUAUUGGCUCUAUCUCGCAUGUCCCUCGGUUUGCUCCAAGUUCCAAGAUGGUUGAAGAUUCAAAGAGUGGACUGCUCCUUUAAUUUAAUAUUAUUUCUCCAGUCCAGAAGCACGAGUAGAGGGAGCCUCCACCUUGAGGACAAGGUGGUUUUUAAGGGG